AUGAUAGACGUCACACUUCCUGCAUGUUUUCUUUUCUCUAUUUCUUAUUUUUUGCUUUUCUGUUUUCUUUUCUUCAUUUUUGCUUUUCUGUUUUCUUUUCUUCAUUUUUGCUUUCUGUUUUCUUUUCUUCAUUUUUGCUUUCUGUUUUCUUUUCUUCAUUUUUUGCUUUCUUUUUUCUUUUCUUCUUUUUUUUUCUUUCUUUUUUUUUGCUUUUCUUUUCUUCUUUUUUUGCUUUCUUUUCUUUCUUCUUCUUUUUUUUUGCUUUCUGUUUUCUUUUCUUCUUUUUUUGCUUUCUUUUUUCUUUUCUUCUUUUUUUGCUUGCUUUUUUCUUUUCUUCUUUUUUUGCUUUCUUUUUUUUUUUUUUUUUCUUUUUCUUUCUUUUUUUUUGCUUUCUUUUCUUUUUUUUUUUUUGCUUUCUGUUUUCUUUUCUUCUUUUUUUGCUUUCUUUUUUCUUUUCUUCUUUUUUUGCUUUCUUUUUUCUUUUCUUCUUUUUUUGCUUUCUUUUUUCUUUUCUUCUUUUUUUGCUUUCUUUUUUCUUUUCUUCUUUUUUUGCUUUCUUUUUUCUUUUCUUCUUUUUUUGCUUUCUUUUCUUCUUUUCUUCUUUUUUUGCUUUCUUUUCUUCUUUUCUUCUUUUUUUGCUUUCUUUUCUUCUUUUCUUCUUUUUUUGCUUUCUUUUCUUCUUUUCUUCUUUUUUUGCUUUCUUUUCUUCUUUUUUUGCUUUCUUUUUUCUUUUUUGCUUUCUUUUCUUCUUUUUUUGCUUUCUUUUCUUCUUUUUUUGCUUUCUUUUCUUCUUUUCUUCUUUUUUUUCUUUCUUUUCUUCUUUUUCUUCUUUUUGCUUUCUUUUUUCUUCUUUUCUUCUUUUUUUUUUCUUUUUUUUUUCUUUCUUUUUUGCUUUCUUUUUUUUUUUUUCUUUCUUUUUUUGCUUUUUCUUCUUUUUUUCUUUUUUUUCUUCUUUUUUUUGCUUUCUUUUCUUCUUUUUUUCUUUUUUUUUUCUUCUUUUUUCUUUCUUUUUUCUUUUUUUUUUGUUUUCUUUCUUUUUUUUUUUUUGCUUUCUUUUUUCUUUUUUGCUUUCUUUUUUCUUUUUUUGCUUUCUUUUUUCUUUUUUUGCUUUCUUUUUUUGCUUUCUUUUUUCUUUUUUUGCUUUCUUUUUUCUUUUUUUGCUUUCUUUUUUCUUUUUUUGCUUUCUUUUUUCUUUUCUUUUUUUUGCUUUCUUUUUUCUUUUUUUGCUUUCUUUUUUCUUUUUUUGCUUUCUUUUUUCUUUUCUUUUUUUUGCUUUCUUUUCUUUUUUGCUUUCUUUUCUUCUUUUUUUUGCUUUUUUUCUUUUCUUCUUUUUUUGCUUUCUUUUUUCUUUUCUUCUUUUUUUGCUUUCUGUUUUCUUUUCUUCUUUUUUUGCUUUCUGUUUUCUUUUCUUCUUUUUUUGCUUUCUUUUCUUUUUUGCUUUCUUUUCUUCUUUUUUUGCUUUCUUUUUUCUUUUCUUCUUUUUUUGCUUUCUUUUCUUUUUUUUUUGCUUUUCGCUUUGAUUUUUUCAUUUAUUUUUUAUUUUUUUGCUUUUCUUUUUUCUUUUUUGCUUUUCUUUUUUUCAUUUUUCUGUUUUUUUUUCUUUUUCUUUCUUCUUUUUUAUUUACUUAUUGA